AUGAAGGUUUUGAUCACUAAUGAUGAUGGUCCUUUGAGUGAUCAAUAUUCCCCGUAUAUUAGAAUAUUCGUACAGUAUCUUCUCAAGCACACAGAUUGGGACAUUUAUAUCUGUAUCCCAAAUCAACAAAGAUCUUGGAUUGGUAAGGCACAUUUUGCAAACCAUAAUCCAACUGCAUCAUUCAUAUAUUCAAACCCGGAUGCAACGACUAAUGAAUUCUUGGGUCCCUUUUCCGUACCUCAAUUUAAAAGGUUGAAUAAGCUAUCUUAUUCGAUUCCAGAUCUAGAGACAUCAGUGGUCCCUGAAAAUUUUAUCGAAUGGUGUUUAAUAGAUGGGACUCCAGCCACUUGUAGUGAUAUUGGAUUGAAUCAUUUGGUUCAUGAAACGUUCGAUGUUCUGAUCUCCGGUCCUAAUGUCGGAAGAAAUGCGUCCGCUCCUUAUAUCGGCUCCAGUGGUACUGUGGGUGCUGCCAUCGACGCUUACAUUACAAACCCAUCUGUUAAAUCAUUUGCUCUAUCGUGGGCGUACUUUGAUGGUGUCAAGAUCGUAGAUGAUGAAACUUUCGAACAAGUUUGUGCUAAGAGUUUUGAAGUCAUCGAUUAUUUAAUCAGAAACUGGGACUCCGAAGUGAAAGUAUAUUCCAUCAAUGUCCCAUUGCGUGAUUUGACAGGCUCUAAAUUCAAAUAUUGUCCAAUUCUUGAAUCCACCUGGUGUACCAUCUAUUCUGAUGCCGUCUUGACUCCGAAUACAACGACGUCGAAUGAGGAUAUCUUGGAUGGCCAUCAAUCGCAUACGAUUUCUUUCAACUGGCAACCUAACUUUAAAUUGCAGAGAGAAAACAUGCUAAGGGAAAAAUCACUAACCGAUGGUUCGUGUAUUGAACAUGGUAAUGUGAGUGUCACUCCUUUAUCGCAUACCUUCAAAGUCGUUAAUAAACUUCAUGGGGAAUUUCAAUUGAAUGACCCAGCUCAAAUUGUUUUGACCAUUCCAGAAACAGAAUAUAUCUAUGGACCGUUGAACCGUUCAUUCCGCAAACACUUACCUAACGUUCCGGUAUCCCGUAGCUUACCUGUAACCAUUGACAAGCUUACGUUUCAUUACGGUGACUACGAACAAUUAGAUAUGGAUCAAUUAAUGUCGAAUCAAUUAUACCAUGCCAAUUCAUAUAUUUACAGAAAGGCAAUAAUAAGAAAACACUACUUAUCUCAUACAAUUCAUUCAUAUGUGGUUAAAAAUAGAGAAUCGAUCUUGAAUAGGGCAUUUUUAGAAUCAUUUAACAUAGAUGUUGAUUACGCAGAGUUCUUGGACGAUGCACUUGAUGAAAACUGGGAAUUAAGGCAAGAGCUUGAAUCAAAAGAGAAAUGGUGGAUCUUGAAGCCUAGUAUGAGUGAUAAGGGUCAAGGUAUCCGCAUAUUCAAAACUAUUGAACAAUUACAAGCUAUUUUUGACUCGUUUGAAGAAGAUGAAACUGAUGAUGAGGACACUGAGACGAAUACUAAUAAAGUGGCCACUUCUCAAUUACGCCAUUUCAUCGUCCAAGAAUACUUACACAAUCCUCUUUUAUUGAGUGAAGCACAUGGCAGGAAAUUUCAUAUCAGAUGUUAUGUUACCUGCAGUGGCGAUCUACAGGUGUUUGUUUAUGAUAGAAUGCUAGCACUUUUCGCUCCCAACAAAUUUGUACCACCUACCGAAGAAUAUGACGUUUUAGAUAUUGAGCAAUUAGCUUGUCAUUUGACUAAUACUUGCUUGCAAACGGAUGAUGAUAUUAAAUCAAAUUCUGUGAUCGAGUUUGAUGCCUUGAAGGAUAUUCCUUCGCAUAGAAGGGAAGAAAUUAGGACUCAAAUUCACGAAGCAGUUUCUGAACUGUUCAAAGCUGCAGUUAAUGUUGAUCGCCUAAAUUUCCGCCCACUGAAGAAUAGUUUGGAGACGUUUGGCUUCGAUUUCCUUGUUGAUUCCGAUUAUCAAGUCAAAUUAUUGGAAGUCAACGCAUUCCCAGACUUCAAACAAACAGGCGAUGAUCUAAAAAAUCUAAUUGAUGAACUAUUUGACGACGUAGUCUCUAUUUGUGUUAGACCGAUGUUCAACUUGCCUCCACUUCACCACCAACACUCCAAGUUUGUUGAAGUUUUGAAACUAAAAUCAAACGAUUGGUAA